GAUAUGGGGUCCAGUGCCGGAGAGUGGUCGGCGGAGCAGAUCGACGAUUACGAGACGUUAAUUUCGACGACCGAUGUGGAGCUCUUGAAGAAAGCAUGGCGUAACGAGAAGGUGUCUCCUGAGAUCCUUCCUUUCGAGGAGGCUUUAGUUAAGAGAGCUAAAGAGCAGAUCCAGUUAAUGGAGGAAACGGUAGAUGACUUUGUGGAAAGUGGUCAUGAUCCUCUCAUUGCAUCACUCUAUCAGAUGGACCUGGAUAGGGCUCAAUUCUUGUUAAGAUCAUACCUUCGGGUUCGGCUUCAGAAGAUUGAGAAGUUCAUGUUUUAUAUCUGGAAAACGGAUACUUAUCGGAACCGUCUUUCAAUGGAAGAAGAGAAGUUUACUGAAAGGUGUAUCCGUGACAUUGGGAAACAUCUUGAAGAAACCGUUCUGUCAAAUUUGCCUGAUAAUUAUCAGUCUGUAUUAAACCAGUCUGUUAUAAGUGAAGAAGAUGAUAUGGUUCCAGAGCCACUGCUAGACACAUUUGUUGUCGCCAAAUGCGAGAGAACAACGAGACCAUUGUACCUUGAUGGCAGCAGGCAAUCUACUGGGUUUGACAGCAGGGAUGACCACUUUCUAAUGGUACCGGGAGAUCUAUGCAUUCUACGUUACAGGCCAUUUCAGGAAGAAUUGAUGAGUGGAAAUAUCAGUUUAGUUUGAGAGCCUACCUAAUUUGUAGCAAUUAUCAGCAACAUAAAGAUGGUAACAAAAUCUAUUCUCUGACUUUUACAAUUUGU